AUGCCCCGCCAGAGCGGUGCAGACGAACCUGCGCUGCGCGGCAUGAGCAUUCGCAGUGAGGAAUUUCGAGCUGGCCCUUGCGCUACAUCCCCAGACCUAAGUUUUACAGGCUGGUGUUGCAUUUGUGAUCCUCCUGCUUCAGCCUCCCAGUGUGCUGGGAUCACAGUUUCCUCCACGGUUCCAGGCCAUGCCUCGGUCCUGUUCCUCCACACCGUCUCCAUAGAGGGUGGGACUUCUGCCUGUUACAGCCUUUGCACACUUUUUAAAAAUUUCAAGAUGGAAAGUCAAAUCUCCUCACAGGAAAUCUGGGCUGUGAUUCGGUCACAUCUGGAGGAGGGGGAUGUUCGGAAAGCAGCUUCCGCCAUCAAAGCUGCCUGGAAAGACAUUGAGAACGCACCCCUGAGCAUUGCAGUGAUUGGGGAGACUGGAGCAGGAACAUCCACUUUCAUCAAUGCCCUGCGGGGCAUGGGACAUGAAGAGGAAGGUGUGGCUACCACUGGGCCGGUGUUGACGACCGUGCAGGGAACUGCAUACACUUUUCCAAAGUGUCCAGGUGUGACACUGUGGGACCUACCUGGCCUUGGGUCCACUGACUUCCAAUUACAAAAGUAUCUGAAUGAAAUUGCUGAUUAUGACCUCUUCUUUAUCAUCUCUGCUACCAGCUUCAAAUACAAUGAUAUACAGUUGGCUAAAGCCAUUGCAGAAAUGAAAAAGAAGAUCUACUUUGUUCGAACAAAAAUUGAUCACGAUUUAGUCACUUCUCAAAGAUUUAAGCCAAUGACCUUCAAUAAGGACGAAGUCCUGCAGCAGAUCCAAAAAUACUGUCUGACACAGCUGCAGGAGGCCAGUGUGACAGUUGAUAAAAUCUUCUUUGUCUCCAGCCUUGAUGUAUCUGACUACGACUUCCCUGUGCUGGAGACCACGCUUCUGAAGGACCUGCCGGCUCACAAGCGUCACAUCUUCAUGCAGUGCCUGUCCACCCUUACAGAAACCACCAUUGAUCAGAAGAGAGACUCCCUGAAGCAGAAUGUCUGGCUGGAGGCCCUGAAGGACGGACUGUUCGCUGCCAUCCCCCUCGUGGGCCUCUUCAGUGAUAGUGAAAUGAAGAAGCUAGAGGAGACUUUGGCCCUGUACAGGUCUUCUUUUGGGCUGGAUGAUGAAUCACUAGAACAGAUGGCAGAGGAUUUGCACGUGUCCCUGGAGAACCUCAAGGCAAACCUUCAAUUUCCCCACUUGCUGUCGGCUGAGAGCGAUGAAUCUUUAUGGGAGAAGACGAAGCAGAUUGCUGAGACAUUCCUUGCAGUCACUGGAGGACCCAUCGCCACCGGCCUUCACUUCACAAAGACCUUUUAUUUGCAAAAUUAUUUCCUUGACACUGUGGCAAGUGAUGCGAAAGCUCUCCUGAACAAAGAAGAUCUUUUUGGUGACUCUGUGGGCUCUGAUUAGGGCAACAGAAAAUAGGGAAACCGAGGCAGCCAGCCUCUUCCUUAGCUGCAUUGUUCUCAUGAUUCGGCACCGGGAAGGCGGUGUAGGAUUCCCUGAGGCAGCUGGACCGCGCUGCGAUGCACCCAGAUGUGACCACCGCUGGGUGAAUAAAAUACAGGAAUCUGGGGUUUUGGGCUAAGAGGAGAGGACAUCUGGCUGUGCCCUGGUUAUCUGACACCCAGGGCUCCUCUUACUGAAGGUGCAACAGCAAGGAACUGCUGGGCUGUCAGUGAGACUUCAAACACAUUGUAAAUGGACGUGUACACUGCAUGUUUUCAGUGUUCCUGGCAUUCUGCUACCAAUGUACCCAUUCUGGUCAUUAGCAGGAGAAUUAAUGUUGGAUGACAUCCUUUUAUUCCUUUAGGAUUAUCGUUUUCUUGAGUAAACAUGCAAGCUAAUGAGCUACAAGUUGUGCAACAGGUCAUGAAAGAGAAUCACUACCUAAGUCAAACCUCCAUUGGUGCCCUGUGCAAGGACAAGGCACAAGGUGGGGAUGCUGUGCAGAGGGUGUGUGCUGAGGCUCAAGGGAUCCUGGGUCAUUAACUUGGGACAUUUCUCCCUGAACUUCAGAGGUUAAGAACCAGGGGGGAAGAGGAUAAUAAUAAAGUUAAGCAGGGGUAAAAGAAGACAUAUAAAAAUUUCUGAAAUAUACAAAAACAUGUUCAAGCUCUCAUCUAAUAAGGGAAAUUAAAUUAGGAAAUGUACACCAAGAUUCAAUUUCUAUGCUAUUGUAUUUGGGGAAAUUGCAAAAAUUUAGUUUAUGGGUGAAAUUGUAGAAAAUUGCAUUAUAUGUAUGAAGCUGCUGCCAGUAGAAAAAUGAAUAAAAACUACAAUUGGGAAAUUAGACAAUCUUUGUGGAAAUUUAUACAUAUGUUUGAGCCAAUGACCCCACUUUAAACAGUCUGAGCCUUCAAAGUUUGGAAAAGUACAAAUAGCUAUAUGCUGAAGGUUGCUGAACUCAGCUCUAUUUGAAAUGGGAAUGGGGAAGACCACACAUAACUCAAAUGCCCUUUACGAGGGUUCAUCCACAAAACAGAAGCCUUAAUAGCUUAAUAGCAUGUAGGGCUGGGGAUUUAGCUCAGCGGCAAAGCGCCUGCCUGGCAAGCACGAGGUUGUGAGUUUGAUUCCUGGUACCAGAAAAGAAAAAAAUAGCUUAAUAUCAUGAAUGAAGAGUAUCCUGCUUGUCAUUUCCAGGGUGUGUAAAGUAUCAAAACAAGGUGUAGGAAUAUGUAUACAAUAACUUGCUUCUGGUUCAAGAAGGUUGAAAACAUAGAUACAUUUUAUGCAUAAAGAAUGGAGACAACCUUAGAAAUAAAAUGGUUUUUUGUUU